AUGGUCAAAGCUGUUGUUGCUGGCGCUUCCGGUGGCAUUGGACAACCUCUAUCCCUUCUUCUUAAAUUGUCUCCUUAUGUUGACGAGUUAGCUCUUUACGAUGUUGUGAACUCACCUGGUGUCGCUACUGAUCUUUCUCACAUCUCUACUGCUGGUCCUGUUAAGGGAUUUCUUCCCAAGGAUGAUGGUCUCAAGGGUGCUUUAACUGGAGCUGACAUUGUAGUCAUUCCUGCCGGUAUCCCUCGUAAGCCUGGUAUGACCAGAGAUGACCUUUUCAAAAUUAACGCUGGCAUUGUGCGUGACAUCAUUGAGGGUGUCGCCAAGUACGCUCCUAAGGCUUUUGUCCUUAUUAUCUCCAACCCUGUCAACUCGACCGUUCCCAUUGCUGCCGAAGUGUUGAAGAAGCAUAAUGUUUUCGAUCCCAGAAAGGUUUUGGGUGUCACUACUUUGGACUCUGUCCGUGCUCAAACCUUCACUGCUGAAGUUAAUUCUGACAGUUCCAAUAAGAACCCCAGCAAAUUGAACAUUCCUGUUGUUGGAGGUCACUCUGGUGACACCAUUGUUCCUCUCCUCUCCAAGGCUAGUCCUGCUGUAAAUGUUCCAGCUGCUGACGUUGAGAAGCUCAUUAAACGUAUUCAGUUUGGAGGUGACGAAGUUGUCCAAGCCAAGGAUGGUGCCGGUUCUGCUACCCUGUCCAUGGCCUAUGCUGGUUUCAGAUUUGCUGAGGCUGUUUUGAGAGGUGCUAAAGGCGAAUCCAAUGUUGUGGAACCCUCGUUUGUUUAUCUUGAUGGAAAGGCUAUUGCUGGUGCUGAUAAGGUCAAGGAGGCUGUUGGUGUUGAUUUCUUUGCUGUUCCUAUUGAAUUCGGCCCUUCAGGAGCAACUAAGGUCGUUGACGUUCUUAGUGGAAUCUCCGACUCUGAAAAGAAACUCCUUUCUGUUGCCGUUGAAGGUUUGUCGGGCAAUAUCAGCAAGGGAGUUGAUUUCAUUGUCAACAGUGCUUCAAAGUAA